CAUGAAUUUUCGUAAUCAAUUCGUCGUUGUCAAAGCGGGAAUGAGGAAAUCUCGUUUGUUGAUUCCAAGUGAUUGUGCUUGACUUGUUUCGCGGCCUUAUAAAUUAAUAAAACCGGAGAGAAUGCCGCCGAGUAGUUUACGAGUCGUGUACGCGUUCGCAAGAGAAAUGCACCCAAAAACAACGGACGUUUUCAUACAAUACGGCACUGCCGGAUUCCGCACAAAAGCCAGUUUGCUGGAGCAUGUUGUUUAUCGCAUGGGAUUGCUGGCGGUUAUUCGAUCCAGGUGUAAAAAUGGCCGCACAAUAGGCAUGAUGAUAACAGCGUCGCACAAUCUGGAGCCAGACAACGGUGUGAAGCUGAUCGACCCGGAUGGCGAGAUGCUGGAACAGAGCUGGGAGGCGAUCGCUACGAGGAUGGCUAAUGUCAGUGACAAUGACUUAGAAUCAACAACGGGGGAAAUAAUCAAAGAAGUAAAUGCUGAUAUGGCUCUGAAGGCGAGUGUUUAUAUUGGAAUGGACACAAGAUACACAAGCCCACGUCUAGCUGCGGCGGCGGUUCACGGCGUAAUGGCGCUGAAAGGCACAGCCAAAGAGUUCGGCAUUGUGACUACCCCCAUGUUGCAUUAUUGUGUUAAAUGUAGGAAUGAUAAUACGUAUGGAACUCCUACAGAAGAAGGUUACUACGAGAAAAUAGUCGGCGCGUUCAAGAACAUACGCCAAAAGCUACCAGUCGCCGGCAAUUACAAUACAACUUUAUAUGUAGAUGGCGCUAAUGGCGUGGGGGGUAAAAAGCUAAAUAUUAUCAAGAAAACACUCGAUGGAGAAUUGGAUUUAGUGCUCUUCAAUUUGGGCGGCAAUGGCGGGAAAUUGAAUUUGAAUUGUGGAGCAGAUUUCGUGAAAGUGUCCCAAAAGCAACCGGUGGGAGUCGAACACGUUCCAUACCAAAGAGUGGCCUCGUUAGAUGGCGAUGCUGACAGAAUCGUGUAUUAUUAUUUGGAUGACGAAUCUAAAAUGCACCUUCUAGACGGCGAUCGUAUAGCGACUCUUCUAGCGUCAUAUAUCACGGAACUACUAAAGGCAUGUGACGCGACACAUUUGAGACUCGGUUUAGUACAAACGGCGUAUGCUAAUGGUGCAUCUACGAGAUAUAUUUCUGAGGAAUUGAAAGUACCAGUGACUUGCGUAAAAACGGGCGUGAAACAUUUACACCACGCGGCAUUAUCGUACGAUGUCGGAGUUUACUUCGAAGCUAACGGCCACGGUACGGUAGUGUACAGUGACGUCACUAAGAGCACUGUAGCGAAGAUCGCUCAGGAAGGCGACACAGAGCAACGCAAAGCUGCGCAACUGUUGCUCAACUUUAUAGACACGACGAACGAAACGGUCGGCGACGCUAUAUCCGACCUGUUCCUUGUUGAAACUGUAUUGUGUGCUCGAGGCAUGGACGCUAAGCAAUGGUACGAGAGCUAUACCGACUUACCGUGCAGACAACUGAAGGUUACCAUACAAGACCGCAACACAAUAACGACAACGGACGCGGAACGUAAAUGCCUAACACCAGAAGGUCUCCAAUCGCGUAUAGACGAGCUAUGUGGCUCGUACGCGAGCGGGCGCUCGUUCGCCCGUCCGUCCGGUACUGAGGAUGUGGUGAGAGUGUACGCGGAGGCUGAUACGCAGGAGGCGGCUGACAAAUUAGCGGCGGAAGUGGCACAAGCGGUGUUUGAUUUAGCGGGCGGUGUCGGUGACAGGCCAACUUUACCAGCUUAAGUUACACCUUAACUGACACUUAACAGACUGAUAAAGUUACGAGUUAACCGGGUGUUUAACUGUCGUAUAAAGUUACAAACUAAUCGACAGUUAAAUGGAAAGUUAAAUGGGUAAAACGGCCGUUUUAUUUUAGACCAAAAAUAAUGGACGAAAAAAGUGUUCUUAAUUUAAAAUUGCCAUAAAAACGGCCGUUUUAGUAAACCUCGGUUAUUUAGUCUGUGAAAUUAGGUCUACAUGCGAUCUGACUUUUUAUAUAAUGUAGUUUAUUGGGUUUUUUCAAAUGUGAUCUAAAAAUUAAAUACUAUUUUAUGUAUGUAAAUAUAAGUUUUUUUUUACUUGGAGCAUAAUUCUGUAUAAGACGAUCCAUCGCUAUGAAAAUAAAAAAUUAAUAGGUAAAAGGGAUGCCUUAAUAGAAAUAAAAAUAUUUAACAAAAGCGAAAUGGGAAAAAAUUAAUUAUGCUAGAGAAAUGUGACGUCAUACAUGUGCGAAUAUGAAAGAUCAUUGGAGACUAAAUGCUAUCACUCAUCGAAAUUUCAUUAAAAUCGGUUCAUUAGGUUUU